CUGGGAACUGCGGCCGCGGGCUCGCGCUCCCGGGCGGGCCCUGCUGCCGGGCUGCCCUCCUUGCCCUGCCAUGUCUCGCCGGAAGCCUGCGUCGAGCGGCCUCGCUGCCUCCAGCUCAGCCCCUGCGAGGCAAGCGGUUUUGAGCCGAUUCUUCCAGUCUACAGGAAGCCUGAAAUCCACCUCCUCCUCCACGGGUGCAGCCGACCAGGUGGAUCCUAACGCUGCAGCGCCCCCAGCGCCCACUGUCCCGCCCCAGCUGCCGCUCCACGUAGCUACAGAAAUUGACAGAAGUAAGAAGAGACCAUUGGAAAAUGAUGGGCCUGCUAGAAAGAAAGUAAAGAAAGUCCAACAAAAGGAAGGAGGAAGUGAUCUGGGAAUGUCUGGCAACUCUGAGCCAAAGAAAUGUCUGAGGACCAGGAAUGUUUUAAAGUCUCUGGAAAAAUUGAAAGAAUUCUGCUGCAAUUCUGCCCUUCCUCAAAAUAGAGUCCAGACAGAAUCUCUGCAGGAGAGAUUUGCAGUUCUGCCAAAAUGUACUGAUUUUGAUGAUAUCAGUCUUCUACAUGCAAAGAAUGCAGUUUCUUCUGAAGAUUCGAAAUGUCAAAUUAAUCAAAAGGACACAACACUUUUUGAUCUCAGUCAGUUUGGAUCAUCAAAUACAAGUCAUGAAAAUUUACAGAAAACUGCUUCCAAACCAGCUAACAAACGGUCCAAAAGCAUCUAUACGCCGCUAGAAUUACAAUACAUAGAAAUGAAGCAGCAGCACAGAGAUGCAGUUUUGUGUGUGGAAUGUGGAUAUAAGUAUAGAUUCUUUGGGGAAGAUGCAGAGAUUGCAGCCCGAGAGCUCAAUAUUUAUUGCCAUUUAGAUCACAACUUUAUGACAGCAAGUAUACCUACUCACAGACUGUUUGUUCAUGUACGCCGCCUGGUGGCAAAAGGAUAUAAGGUGGGAGUUGUGAAGCAAACUGAAACUGCAGCAUUAAAGGCCAUUGGAGACAACAGAAGUUCACUCUUUUCCCGGAAAUUGACUGCCAUUUAUACAAAAUCUACACUUAUUGGAGAAGAUGUGAAUCCCCUAAUCAAGCUGGAUGAUGCUGUAAAUGUUGAUGAGAUAAUGACUGAUACUUCUACCAGCUAUCUUCUGUGCAUCUCUGAAAAUAAGGAAAAUGUUAGGGACAAAAAAAAGGGCAACAUUUUUAUUGGCAUUGUGGGAGUGCAGCCUGCCACAGGUGAGGUUGUGUUUGAUAGUUUCCAGGACUCUGCUUCUCGUUCAGAGCUAGAAACCCGGAUGUCAAGCCUGCAGCCAGUAGAGCUGCUGCUUCCUUCGGCCUUGUCCGAGCAAACAGAGGCGCUCGUCCACAGAGCCACAUCUGUUAGUGUGCAGGAUGACAGAAUUCGAGUCGAAAGAAUGGAUAACAUUUAUUUUGAAUACAGCCAUGCUUUCCAGGCAGUUACAGAGUUUUAUGCAAAAGAUACAGUUGACAUCAAAGGUUCUCAAAUUAUUUCUGGCAUUGUUAACUUAGAGAAGCCUGUGAUUUGCUCUUUGGCUGCCAUCAUAAAAUACCUCAAAGAAUUCAACUUGGAAAAGAUGCUCUCCAAACCUGAGAAUUUUAAACAGCUAUCAAGUAAAAUGGAAUUUAUGACAAUUAAUGGAACAACAUUAAGGAAUCUGGAAAUCCUGCAGAAUCAGACUGAUAUGAAAACCAAAGGAAGUUUGCUGUGGGUUUUAGACCACACUAAAACUUCAUUUGGGAGACGGAAGUUAAAGAAGUGGGUGACCCAGCCACUCCUUAAAUUAAGGGAAAUAAAUGCCCGGCUUGAUGCUGUAUCUGAAGUUCUCCAUUCAGAAUCUAGUGUGUUUGGUCAGAUAGAGAAUCAUCUACGUAAAUUGCCUGACAUAGAGAGAGGACUCUGUAGCAUUUAUCACAAAAAAUGUUCUACCCAAGAGUUCUUCUUGAUUGUCAAAACUUUAUAUCACCUAAAGUCAGAAUUUCAAGCAAUAAUACCUGCUGUUAAUUCCCACAUUCAGUCAGACUUGCUCCGGACCAUUAUUUUAGAAAUUCCUGAACUCCUCAGUCCAGUGGAGCAUUACUUAAAGAUACUCAAUGAACAAGCUGCCAAAGUUGGGGAUAAAACUGAAUUAUUUAAAGACCUUUCUGACUUCCCUUCAAUAAAAAAGAGGAAGGAUGAAAUUCAAGGUGUUAUUGACGAGAUCCGAAUGCAUUUGCAAGAAAUACGAAGAAUACUAAAAAAUCCUUCUGCACAAUAUGUGACAGUAUCAGGACAGGAGUUUAUGAUAGAAAUAAAGAACUCUGCUGUAUCUUGUAUACCAACUGAUUGGGUAAAGGUUGGAAGCACAAAAGCUGUGAGCCGCUUUCACUCUCCUUUUAUUGUAGAAAAUUACAGACAUCUGAAUCAGCUCCGGGAGCAGCUAGUCCUUGACUGCAGUGCUGAAUGGCUUGAUUUUCUAGAGAAAUUCAGUGAACAUUAUCACUCCUUGUGUAAAGCAGUGCAUCACCUAGCAACUGUUGACUGCAUUUUCUCCCUGGCCAAGGUCGCUAAGCAAGGAGAUUACUGCAGACCAACUGUACAAGAAGAAAGAAAAAUCGUAAUAAAAAAUGGAAGGCAUCCUGUGAUUGAUGUGUUGCUGGGAGAACAGGAUCAAUAUGUUCCAAAUAGUACAGAUUUAUCGGAGGACUCAGAGAGAGUAAUGAUAAUUACCGGACCAAACAUGGGUGGAAAGAGCUCCUACAUAAAACAAGUUGCAUUGAUUACCAUCAUGGCUCAGAUUGGCUCCUAUGUUCCUGCAGAAGAAGCGACAAUUGGGAUCGUGGAUGGCAUUUUCACAAGGAUGGGUGCUGCAGACAAUAUAUAUAAAGGACGGAGUACAUUUAUGGAAGAACUGACUGACACAGCAGAAAUAAUCAGAAAAGCAACAUCACAGUCCUUGGUUAUCUUGGAUGAACUAGGAAGAGGGACGAGCACACAUGAUGGAAUUGCCAUUGCCUAUGCUACACUUGAGUAUUUCAUCAGAGAUGUGAAAUCUUUAACCCUGUUUGUCACCCAUUAUCCGCCAGUUUGUGAACUAGAAAAAAAUUACUCACACCAGGUGGGGAAUUACCAUAUGGGAUUCUUGGUCAGUGAGGAUGAAAGCAAACUGGAUCCAGGUGCAGAAGAACAAGUCCCUGAUUUUGUCACCUUCCUUUACCAAAUAACUAGAGGAAUUGCAGCAAGGAGUUAUGGAUUAAAUGUGGCUAAACUAGCAGAUGUACCUGGAGAAAUUUUGAAGAAAGCAGCCCACAAGUCAAAAGAGCUGGAAGGAUUAAUAAAUACGAAAAGGAAGAGACUCAAGUAUUUUGCAGAGUUAUGGACGAUGCAUAAUGCACAAGACCUGCAGAAGUGGACAGAGGAGUUUGAAAUGGAAGAAACACAGACUUCUCUUCUUCAUUAAAAUGAAGACUACAUUUGUGAACAAAAAAUGGAGAAUUAAAAAUACCAACUGUACAAAAUAACUCUCCAGUAACAGCCUAUCUUUGUGUGACAUGGAGAAAAGGAGAUGACUCCAGGAAUUUCAUGCCCAUGCCAGAGGGAGCUGCAGGGACCAGCAAUCACUGGUAAUGUCCAGGUGGACAUCUGGAGCCACCUCUCCCUCUUGCUUGGUCCAGGCCAGCAUCAACACUGAAGCAGGUAGGGGUUCCAGGAGCAUUGUGUCCUGGCAGUGGCAGCACACAGUGUCUGGCAGCUGACAACAUGGAACUUUACAGGGUAGAUUCUUCAGCAUGAUCAGGAAGCCAGCCAGGUGGCCAGCUUGCGGGAGGGCAGGCCUCCUCCAAGCUGGGGAAGAGAUCAGCACAGCUGAACCGCAUUUCCAAGUGAGGCUCAUCCCCAGCUGGGUUACUGAGAUAUUGGAGGAAACAUUGAGGCCAAAUCCCAGUCAUAAAGAUUGCACAAAUGCCAUGGGGAGGUAGGCAGAAAGCUGCAAACAAGUGGGUUUGUAUUUCAGAUAACCAUCUUGGGGCUGCAAUUCUAAAGUUAGAUAUAACCACACAGGUGAGAAUAGGGCUGCUGGUGCAUGGCAAGGGCCCUCCACAUUCCCUCUGGUACUGCACAGGCAUGAGCCUGCAGGCUAAAUGUCUUCCAUACUUCAGAUGGAGGCUGGGGGAGACAGUUGGCCAAAUGUCAAGGAAAGUAACUUUUUAAUAUGAUAUAUUCCUUUAAGUGACUUGUCUGUUUUUAGCCAUCAAAUUACAAAUUAAGAGCUAGUGAUUCUGCAGUAACACACACCAAUUCCUUGAAAACCUCCUAAAGUCACACCAAUUUAAUAAUUCCAACCUUAGGGAAAAAAAGCCAAACACAUUUUAACAAGUUUCAACUUUGACCUUUCUAUUGCUUCAUCUCUCCUCAGUGCUAUCUAUUCUAUAUAGUUUUUAAAAUAGUGUUAUUAUAUAAUAUAACUAGUAUAACAAUAUUUGAAAAUC